AUCAUGCUAGUUCUUUGGUGUAUUCAAAACAUAGUUCCUGGAUGAAACAGUUCCUCUUGUCUAGCAGUUCUCCUUCGUUACUUAUUUCAUUUUUUAAGUAUAGCCUUAAAUUUCAGAGUUACCAAGCUAAAAUUAAACUCGCCCCUAAGUUGAUACACAAUGAUACCUGCGAAAAUUGGUUCACACACCACGCCCAUCAAAGUGGCCGGAAAAGGAUCCGAGCGAAACAGACUUCCGCCCAUCAAGCUGAACCUCCUGGCGUUGACCAACAAUGUCAAGGUCAAAUGUGAACUGUGUAACCAGUGGGGCAGCCUGCAGUGUGCCCACUGCAGGGUCACUUACUACUGCUGCGAAGAACAUAUGGAGCUGGAUAGGACACUCCAUGAAGACAUCUGUCACAGGAUAGAAAUGCUGAGACAGCCGAUUGAGUUCAGCCCUUCCCAGGAUACCCGAGAGCGGAUGAAGAAACAGAAGCGCGUGCUCCUUGAAGAGAUGUACGAAUACACCUACCGCCAGGGUCAAACUUCUAUGGAAGCGGGGCAAUACGACAAGGCCAUCCCAGCAGCAGUGGUCAGUGCCAAGUAUGCCAGAGAGAUCUGGGGCACGUCUGCCGAGGUCAUCCCGCCUCUGCUGGUAGCAGCAGAAUGCUACGUGAACAAAGGGAAGCUCGGGACGGCUGACGGUUUCUUGGCACGCGUCUUGUGUAUCGAACUAGAGACAACCAAUUUGAAACCUUCUAUUAAGGCGAGAAUCAAACGUAACGAGGGUCUGAUUCAUCAAGCGAAGAUCAACUAUCAGGAUGCUCUUGAGUGCUACGCCGAAGAAAUUUACCAGAACACAGAAGAGUUUGGACCUACGCACAUCCGGACAUCAGGGGGCUACUGCUAUCUGGGACACAUGUUUCAACUGAAAGCGAACGAACUGACCGCUCUAUCUCUAUAUAGGCAGACAGUAGAUAUUUGGAUCAAUACCGUGGAUCCCAUUUUGGAAGAGAUGACGUCACAGCCGGACGUCCCAGUUAUUGGCGCUCUGAAGCCUCAGCAAGAGAAGCAGUGGAUGUAUGAGUGUGACAAGUUGGAGGGCUUAAAGAUCUUGACGAAAUGUUAUACACAUUUGAAAGAGAUGGUUACCAUUGAGAUGCCGGCUAUGGAUAUCAUUCGAUCGAUAUACGCCAUUGGGUGCAUUAUGUACAUGAAUGAAAGAUAUAUGGAAGGCAAGAAUCGCGCGCAGGAAGGCAUCACGUGGUGCAACGAGAAGAACCUGAAAGCGCAUCCAAUCCACAAGAAGCUGCUGGCACUUAAUAAAUACUGCGAAAGGAAGAUCUACAAGGAAGACAAGAGUCUCUUAGAGUCCCAGUCUAUGGACAAUAUUCGCACAGAGAUUCGACUGGAUUCACGCAGCGGAUUGAAUCUGGCAAUAUGAUAGAUGUGUGGCAGUGCGGUGUUCCAUAAUAUUCUGUAAUGUGGCCCUCUGUGAUGUGAUGCUCUAUAAUGUGAUGUUCUGUAAAGUAUUGUUCUAUAUUGUGAUGUUUUAUAAUGUGAUGUUUUAAAAUGUGAUAUUCUAUAAUGUGAUGUUAUAUCAUGGGAUGUUCUAUAAAGUUGUUUUAAGCUUA